AUGCUCAAGACGUUCUGAAAAAAAGGGCGCUCAAUGUCAUCUGACUUGACGGUACCAAAUUCUUCAAUUCAAUCUAAAAAUUUGAAGUUCUGGUUCAGAAUUUUUUGCUGAUUAUAAACCUGUUAUUAGUUUCCACAGAAGUUGAAAUUGAAGCUCGUUGUCUUCUAGAGACGUGCUGACGUGACAUCACAGAACAAAUAUAUUUUCAAUUCUAUCGAUAAAUUUCAGAUGAAAAGUCUAUUUGUUUCAGAAUUUUUUGCUGAUUUUAAAGCUGUUUUUUGAUUCCACAUAAGUUGAGAUUGAAGCUCGACGUCAUCUUAAGACUUAAGACUUCUAAUUUUGACGUCACGGUACGAAAUUCUUCAGUUCGAUCGACAAAUUCUCUCAAAAAAAAAAGAAACUCACUCUCAAUUGCUCAUUUCUAGCUUCAGAGUCACCAAAAGUCCUGUUCAAGUUUGUCGUUACUCUUGACUACAUUUCUCGCUACAAAAAUUACUGCUGGAGACGUCUAAAUCUCUUUUUUUCGCUCACUAUUUCGCUACUCAUCAAAUCUCUUCAGACUCACACGGAUGAGUCUCCGUCUCACCAACCGGAUUUUCUCCUCUCCAGGCGAGUUUUUCGGAAAACUCAAAAAUUAUUUUUUUAAUCAGGAAAAAGAUUUUUUUCUGAGCCUAACCGGAGCUCCGCCAACAAGGCCGACGUCGUGUACCGAGCGGCGAAGACUCUCGAUAGGGCGCAAUUGCUACGGCUUGCCAAGAGCCAUAUUGCCGAGGACAUGCAUUUUCAGGUUUUUUGCGUGAUUUUUUUGAGUUCAGCCUCGUGGAAUGUCGGCUCAAAGUGUGCGAAAAAGGAAAAGAAGGGUUUUUUAUGUACCAGGGAAGACCUUGAACUAAAUUCUCAACUUCCUAAUUUCUAGAAAAGAGGCUUCCAAGGCAAAUAUAAGUAUCAAAAUCUGAGGCUUUGAGCCUUUUUUUCUUGAAAUACUAGGAGAUUUUUUAAAUUCACGGCGGUUCUAUUAGUGGAAGAAAUUGCAAAACCAAAAAUGAAGGGGGCGGAGCCAAAACUCUUCCGUUCCCAUGUGACGUAAUGGGAAAAAAACCGUGAAAAAAAAAAUAAAAUAUUAAAGGCGCGGGUUCAAUGGGUCAUGAGACGAACCGAUUUAUUUUUUUUUUAACGCAAUUUUUCUGUUUUAGUGUUCAAAGUGAUUCCGUGAAUCUCAAAAUAACCGCCAGAAAGUGAAAAAUAUGACAAAUCCUGAUAUUAUUUUGAAUUUCGCUAAAAUUAUUUUGAACGCGGUAUGUGCGAGAGCGCCGCAGUGCAUGCACACUACACACUUGACUUUACGAGAAAAUAUGGGGGUUUUUUUUCUGAGACUUUGAGCAAUUUCUGUCUUGGAAAUUAGGGAGUUUUGAAAGUUUAGAACCCGCAAUCUGUAACAUCAUGGCUGUCUGGCCAAUAAUCAAAGAAAAAUUGAAUAAUGAUUUUGUUUUCAGGGUCUCGGGUGCUCUGUCGACGACUCGACGCCGUUACUCGAGUACUGGAUCCGGUCGGCCCUUCGUUUUCGCUACUCCUUCGUCGCCCUCGAAGCCAAGUCCAACCAACUGGUCGGCUGCAGUCUGAUGACUGUCCGUAAUAGAGAUCCAAAUGUUGACAGCCUCCGAGUUCUCGGCCCAGUCCCUGUAUGUGGGAUCUCUCCUGUUGGUUCGUAACCUUUUUUUCGAUUUUAAAUUCGAUCAGAGGAAAAAUUAAGGUUUUUCUUUAUAUGAACGAAGAUUAAGUUCUUUCUAUUUUUGAACCUUUCUCUGGAAAUAACUCGAAAGUUGCAAAUGUGAUAGGAAUUGGAUAAAAAACCUUGAAUCAGUAGAAUACUUAUAAAAAAGACAGAAAGAGGUUCCCUUCCACAUCCAAAAAAGGAGAAAACUUCGAAGGUUAUAGUCUGUGUGCCACGAGUUGAAAUUUCACGGAACGACAUUCCGCUGUUCCGCUCCGUGCGUUCGCGAAGCGCCUUUCGAAUCUAGGUCACUAUUUCAACUGAUUGUUAUUGCUGUGGAAGCCCGUGAAAGUAGAGUACCUUAUAAAAAGAAAAAAAAAAUUAAAAGCGCGACCAAGGUUCGCAAAGGCGCGCAGCGGAACAGCGGAAUGUCGUUCCGUGAAAUUCCAAGUCCUGGUAUACAGACUAUACUGGAAACUUUUUUUCUGGGAUUAAUUUUUUGGAAACUUACUGGUUUACCUUGAUCAAAGCGGCAAUAUGAAUACGAAUUUUCAUCCUCUUUUAAAAAAUUCAAUCUCACCGUUUUUUUCCUACGUUUAUUGUAGAAACAUAUACUUUAUUCAGCGAAAAUCAUCGAACACUCACGGAGGAAAUUUUUCGAUGAGAAUCCGUCGGUUUAUCGGGUUUAAAUAAUUUUUGUCUUUACCGAAGUUGAUUUCAAAUUUUCAGGUGAUUGAAGCUGAACUGAUAGUCGAAGACAAAGAUUACACGGGAAUCGGUGUGAAGACCACAAUGCUGAAUGAACAGUUUAGUCGGCUGAAAAAGCUCGUCAAGGUGCGCUCUAUCGUUAACUUUUGUUGUAAAUUUUCAAAAAAUGUACAUUUUACACUGCGAAAUCCACCUCGCCGCCAAGACCUUUUUCAUGAAAUUUCACUGGGUAGGUCAUUUCACUUUGCGGUUGGGAAUCUCCUGAAAAGUGGCCUGAACUCUUCUUGAUGUACCAGAAGAAUAUUCUGAAAGGUUCAGCCUGCAAAACUUCCUCGUUUCCGAGAAAAGACGCCUUGAAGUCAAAGAAAAAUCCAUGAAAAUAGGCUAUUUUCGGGCUUAUUUUUCAAAAACUAGGAAGUUGUGCAUGUUAAGACUUUCAGAAUCUUCAUCAGAUGAAGUUCAUCUGGUAUAUCAAGACGUGUUCUGGCCAUUUCUCAGGAAAGUCCCAACCGUAAAGUGAAAUGACCUCCCCUGUGAGACUAUCUAACAAUAAACCGAGUAGGGAAUUUUUCAGCAAGGCGAAAAUAUUGAUGGAAUGAUCGCUGUUGUCACCGGCAUCGAAUCCAAAAACACUUUGGAAGCCUUGGGAUACAAAGCAAUUUAUGAGGUUUUCUUUAAAAAUGACUAUUUCAAAUGAAAGUCUCCUCUGUACUUCCUCUUGUUUACGUUCGUCACCUGAUCGGUUUAAGUUUUUUUUUUUCUCAAAGCACGGCCAAGUCAGCUUCUCACAUUUCAGAACAGGGGGAAGUUUUGCAGAGAGCAGUUGGUUUUAAGAAGGCAAAGAAAAACUUUUUGAAAUGGAAAGAUCAACCUUUUCCAGUCUUCAGAAUGUAUCUAAAAUAAAUCAUUUUUUUUGAUUCUGUAACCUUUCUCUGUUGUUUCAAAAUAACGGCAGUCAUAAAAUUUAUAAAAAAUAAGUUUAAAAACUGCAAAAACACAUAAAAUAGAUAAAAAGGCGGCCUAAAAUAGUUGACACUUCAAAAAAAACUCUUCUUAUUGAUUUAUAGAAGAAAAAAAUAGAAUUUAAAAAAACUUUAUCUGGAUUUCAGGCCCCAGAAUCGUUGUACCGCCGAGCCGACGGCACAACUUGGACUUCCAAGGAUCCAAAUCUCAAGUUCGCAACGACAAUGUUCCUCAAGCUCUGA